AUGAGACCCGCUCAGCAACAUAACAAGCACCCGAAUCCCUUUUCCAAUUCUGGCCAUUUCAUAAAGCAUGAUCUCAAGACAGGACCCACAAGAAGGCGAGACGAGAAAUACUUUUCCUUAAAUGACACAAUUCCACCUCAUGAACCACGCUCUGCGCCAAUAUUACCAAAUCUCCACGAGAGCUGUAAAAAAAUCCCUCUCCCACACCACUCACCCAGAAUUCUCAUCUUCCCAAAUCCACAACCAUCACUCAAAUCCUCCCCCCACUCAUUCUUCCAACUGAACCCAACAACCCAACCCACCAUGCCCACCCUCAAAUCCCUCCUCCUCCUCCUCCCCACCAUCCUCCUGCUCCUCUUACUGAGCACCGUCCUCGAAGUCUCCGCAAAAGAACGCUUCCGCGUAAAAUUCUUCACCUUCCAAGGCCGCAACUGCGAAAAAGAGCAAGACGGCGACGGAACAUCGAUAAAAGCCGAUCGCUCCGAAUACACCGCAGAAUGCCAUCCCACGCGCGACGAGUUCGAUGGGUUCAUGUAUUAUUGGCAAGAACAUCAUUUUCGGGGGCAGAGUGGGAGUAUGGAGUUUGGGGAAAAGGGGGAAUGGUGGAGCUGA